AAAUGUAUUAUACUUUAUAUGAUAUUCAGUUCAAUCAAAUGUUUUAUUUUUGCAAUAUUGUAAGUUCUUCUGUUUCUAUUGUCCUGUAUUCAGUGUAUUUCAGGUGCCAAGUUCUUCUGAAAGGUAUGUAUAGUAUUACACAAUAUAAACUACAGGUAAGUUUCAAACUGUUAUGUAUUACAUCAGUUGUUGUUCCAGUUCUUCCAGUUCCACUCUUGCAUUUUUUUUAUUUAUUCAAGGGUUGGGGUGUCCUAUGUUGCCAUGAUCAGAGUAAAAAAAAAGUUUUGCCUUUCUCAGGUAUUUGUCUGUCAUUGGCUUUGUCAUCAACAUCGACACAUUGAUGCUAAUGGUUCCUGAACUGCUCCAAAUUCAGCAGUACGUCCUCACAUACCGGUUCAGCCAAGAUCAUUUGGAGCUCCUAUUUAAUUCAGUCAGAGCAUCAGGUGGCUGGAAUAACAAUCCCUCUGCAAGCCAGUUCCAGUCCAUCUUCCGCCGUCUGAUGGUUCGGUGCGGUGUCUCACCUAGUGACACAGGAAAUGUGGCACCCCAAGAUAACACUGUGUCCCUGUCUGCUGUGGAGAUGUCCUCUGCUGAAACUGCUGAGGAUCACCCGUCUCCAUUUGUCAACAUUUUGGCUGUUGUGUGUGACCACAGCUAUCUUCCAACUAAGUUUGGUGGUCUAGUGGAAAAUGCUCUGGUCUACAGAGCAGGAUUUGUAGUCCGCCAGAUUCUGCGACAACUAGGCUGUGAUGUGUGUCGGGCAAGUUUGAUCAGAGAAGCUGUACCCUCUUCAGUUGAUGAGAGCUACCACCUGCUUACUCUGAAAAACAAUGGUGGCCUAGUGAUUCCCUCACAAGGAACAGUGAAAGUGCUGAGGGCUGCAGAGAGGGUGAUUCGCAGAGCUUCAACAAAGCAACCCCCAAAGGUGUCGACUGUCACCCACAUUGUCCGUGAAGAGAUUGGGACAGAGGAUGUGUUCUUGCUUGGGCAACACAUUGAGGACACGCAAUUUGGCAUUGACAACCAUCAUUCCAACUUGUUGUCAUUGGUUGUGUCUGUAUUUAUGAAGAUAAGGCUGCACCACAUUGCCAAAGUCACCACUCAUGAACUCCAGAAGGGGAACACAAGAAAAAAGCUCAGCAAAACAGUCCUUUUUCAGGGCUUUUAGCUAAUA